AUGACCAUCCUACUUGGCAAAGGCAACCGACUAAUGCCUCUGAACACGUCUGCAGACCAAGUGGGUAGCUAUUACGAUGCGCAAGCGCUAAUGAUUAAAAGGAUCAUUGUUUGGGAUGGUAUCUAUUCUACGCGGGAAGCCCUUACCAAUGAAAUAACACCCUUAGAGAUAUUUUCCAGGAGCCAGAAACGACGUUUUCACGUCUUGGUGGUCAUUUCCGCAUUUAUUCGUACCCCUAUGUGGUUGAUCAAGCUCACUAUCCUCAUAUUCAUUUGGUCCUUAGAUCCACAUAAGCUGUGGGCUUCGAAGGUGCGACGGUGUUGUAUACUUGCGAUAACGGCGGUUGGCUACCUAUUUUUCUUCGCCACGUUGCCCUUUGAGUGCCAAAGUGUUGGCGUUGAGGAUAUACAUGCAAGACGCUUCCCUAAUGCAGCGAAGUGCACGAUGAAGGCCAUUGUAGUUAGUGUUGUGAGCGAUAUUGUGAUCAACUGUCUCAUCCUAUCCAUACCAUGGAUGAUUGUACGGCAGCUUCAAUUGGCUUUCAGGCAGAACGUCGCUUUGUUCGGACUAUUUUCUCUUUUUCUUGUUACGAUCGGCUUCGCUAUCACUAGGGCAACGAUGAUCAUUGUGCAUCAAGCUCACACCGUGACUAUAGAUGUGGUGUGGAACAUUAUAUGA